AUGGCCAAUCAACAAGUAUUAUGCGCCAAGGCGCUGGGGAGGACAUUGCGACUGCUCAUUUGCCUCCCUGCCAAAGAUCGCUUCAUCCAUGCCGGCGUCAGCCAUCCGUUUUGUUUCUUUGACAAACGUAAUUGGGUGCUUUUCGGUGGCCAUGAUGGAAAGGUCUUUGCAACCAAUCUGGGCCCGGUGUUGCGCCAAACCCUGUGCCCCAGCGCCGCCUGCUUCUUAAGAUGCCUCUCUAACCCAUAUCGCCUCGCUCCCUCCACCCGAGCGACAAUGGCCAACCAUCCCCGAAGCCUCUCAGCCAACCCUGCCAUGCUUCUCCUCAGCCACUCUGCCGCUGCCGCCGAUCCUGCCGACAAGGGCAACAACAAUACCCCCACACUCGCCCACAUGCCCGCCCUGCCCAGCACCCUCAAACCCGAAAUCCCGGCCUGCUUCGCCUCAUCCUCUCUCUGUCUAUCCACCCCUCCCUCCAACCCAUCGUCUACUCGUGACCCUCUCAAAACUACCCGGCCCAUCUUCCUCCUCCCCGGCCCGGCCCAGCUCUCAACCAUCCCCAUCUCAAUCUUGACUCCCCACAAGCUCUCAACCCCUUGCCAAACUUCGCCAUUGUUGCCCCCAGAACUUGCCCUAUGGAAUCAUCAGCCAGUUUUCAAACUUGCAUAA